AUGGACGAGACAUCGACGACGGCCUUUUCGGACUUUACCGCCGCAGGUGCAUCCGGUCCGUCGGGUGCUUCUGCUAUGCCCGAGGGCUACAUGCGGAGCACGCGGUCCGAGUCGUCUCGCUCGCGCUUCGGCUCGGGUAACAAUUCGGGUAGCAAGUACCUCUCACCCGAGGCCAAAGCCGAGGCCCGCGCCGAGCGCGCUGCCAAGAUCGAGGCCCUCGACAUCAAGUUUGGCUACUCGCGCGUCUCCGAGGGACCUGACCGGCUCGGUUGGCUCCUCAACAUGCACCCGACAACCAUCGAGGAGCAGGAGACCGGGAACACGCUCGCUGCCAUCGACUACUACUUUCUGCAGGGCGAUGGCGCCACGUUCAAGGCCUCGGUCGCCUACGAGCCGUACUUUUAUCUGGCUGUUGCCGACGAGGAUGCCCUUGUCGGCGUGGAAACUUUCCUCAAGCGCAAGUUUGAGAACAUCUCGCAGAUCAUUCCCACGCCCAAGGUCGAUCUCGACCUAGACAACCACGUCACCGGCCUCCUCCGCGUUUACCUCAAGCUCACCUUCCGCAACAUUGACGACCUCCUCGCCGUCCGCCGCUCCAUUCAGGCCAUUGUCCGCCGCAACAAGGACCGCGCCAGCGCCUCGCUCGACUUUGACGCCCCGUCGUCGUCCAACUAUACCGCCUACUCGGCCUUUGGCACCGUCGCCGGCGCCGACGAGUCAAUCAACGCCUCCGAGUCGCUUGCCGACGUCGAGGAGCUCCUCGUCGACAUCCGUGAGUACGACGUGCCGUACUACGUCCGCUGCUCUAUCGACGCCGACAUCCGCUGCGCCAACUGGUUCACCGUCUCGUUCUCCGGCGGCCUCGCCUCGCUCCGCCCCGAGCCCGAGCUUCUCGAGCGGCCGGACACCCGCAUCCUCGCCUUUGACAUUGAGACUGCCAAGCAGCCGCUCAAGUUUCCCGAUGCGCAUGCCGGCGACCAGAUUAUGAUGAUCUCAUACAUGCUCGACGGCCAGGGCUUUCUCAUUACUAACCGCGAGAUCGUCGCCGCCGACAUUGAUGACUUUGAGUACACCCCCAAGCCCGACUACGAGGGCCACUUUGUUGUCUUUAACGAGGCCGACGAAAAGGCGCUGCUGGUCAAGUUCUUUGAGCACAUCCAGCGUGUCAAGCCCACCCUGUACGUCACCUACAACGGCGACUUUUUCGACUGGCCUUACAUCGACACCCGCGCCACAGCCCAUGGCAUCUCUAUGUACGAUGAGAUCGGCGUCGCCACCCGCCAGGGCUCGGGCGAGUAUCGCUGCCGCUUCGCCACACACAUGGACGCCUUUUACUGGGUCAAGCGCGACUCGUACCUGCCUGUCGGCUCGCACGGCCUCAAGGCUGUGACCAAGAAGAAGCUCGGCUAUGACCCGCUCGAACUCGAUCCCGAGGACAUGACCCCGUUUGCCGCCGAGCGUCCGCAGGAACUUGCCUCGUACUCGGUCUCCGACGCCGUCGCUACCUACUACCUCUACCUCAAGUACGUCCACCCGUUCAUCUACUCGCUCUGCAUGAUUAUCCCGCUCAUCCCCGACGACGUUCUCCGCAAGGGCUCGGGCACGCUCUGUGAGUCGCUCCUCAUGGUCGAGGCGUACAAGGUCAACGUCGUCUUUCCCGACAAGCAAAAGUCCGCCCUCUCCAAGAUGUACAAGGCCCACCUGCUCGAGGCCGAGACCUACAUCGGCGGCCACGUCGAGGCCCUCCGCUCUGGCGUCUUCCGCUCUGACCUGCCCGAGGACUUUGACCUGGACGGCUCGGCCUUUGCCGAGCUCAUCGACGACGUCGACGCCACCCUCGAGUUUGCGCUCCAGGUCGAGCACGGCGUCCCGCUCGACUCGGUCACCAACUACGAGGAGGUCCGCGCGGCCAUCGUCGCCAAACUCGAGGCUCUCCAGGCCGCGCCCAAGCGGAACGAGCUGCCGUGCAUCUACCAUCUCGACGUCUCGGCCAUGUACCCGAACAUCAUUCUCACCAACCGCCUCCAGCCCACUGCCAUCAUGUCCGAGGCUGAGUGCGCCAAGUGCGACUUUAAUCGUCGCGGGAACAACUGCCAGCGCCGCAUGCCGUGGACCUGGCGCGGGACGUACCUGCCCAACACCCGCUCCGACUAUGAGUACGUCCGCAACCAGCUCGCCUCGGAGCGCGUCGUCGACGACGACGCGCCCGGCGGGCCGACCAAAGUCUGGUUUGACGACCUGCCGGCUUCCAAGCAGGCCGAGCUGACAAAGGCCCGCCUUGCCGAGUACUGCCGCAAGGUCUACAACAAGGGCUCGGUCAAGACGGAGGAGGAGCGCGAGGCCAUCGUGUGCCAGCGCGAGAACCCGUUCUACGUCGACACCGUUCGCGCCUUCCGCGACCGCCGCUACACCUACAAGGGCCUGCUCAAGACGUGGAAGAAGAAGCUCGCCAAGCAGGAGUCCUCGGGCGAGGGCCUCGACGUCCUGCAGGAGACCAAGAAAAUGGUCAUUCUGUACGACUCCCUCCAGCUCGCCCACAAGUGCAUCCUCAACUCGUUCUACGGCUAUGUCAUGCGCCGCGGCGCUCGCUGGUACUCGAUGGAGAUGGCCGGCAUCGUGACCGACACUGGUGCCAAGAUCAUCAAGGGCGCCCGCGUUCUCGUUGAGCGCGUCGGCAUCCCGCUCGAGCUCGACACCGAUGGCAUUUGGUGCUGCCUGCCGUCGUCGUUCCCGGAAGACUUUGAGUUUACCACCUCGACUGGCGCCAAGCUCUCGGUCAACUACCCGUGCGCUGUCCUCAACAAGGGCGUCAAGGACAACUUUACCAACCCGCAGUACCAGGACCUUGUCGACGCAGACUCGAAGAUCUAUGCCACUCACGCCGAGAACUCGAUCGAGUUUGAGGUCGACGGCCCGUACAAGGCCAUGAUUCUCCCGGCCUCGACUGAGAAGGACAAGAAGCUCAAGAAGCGGUAUGCCGUCUUUGACGACGACGGCGUCAUGUGCGAGCUCAAGGGUUUUGAGCUCAAGCGCCGCGGUGAGCUCAAGAUUGUCAAGAUCUUCCAGACACAGGUCUUUGGUGCCUUCCUCGAGGGCAAGACCCGCGAAGAGUGCUACGCCGCCGUCGGCCUCAUUGCCAAUAAGUGGCUCAACGUCCUCUUCACCAAGGGCGCUCACAUGCCCGACCACGAGCUUGUCUCGCUCAUUUGCGAGUCGCGCUCCAUGUCGCGCAAGCUCGCUGACUAUGGCGACCAGCGCUCGACCUCGAUCACCACCGCCCGCCGCCUCGCCGCUUUCCUCGGCGACCAAAUGGUCAAGGACGCCGGCCUCUGCUGCAAGUACAUCAUUUCCGAGAAGCCUAUCGGCGCGCCGGUCUCGGAGCGCGCCCUGCCCAUUGCCAUCUUCUCGGCUGAGCCCGAUGUCAUGACUCACUGGGUCCGAACCUGGUGCAAGGAUCCGGGCAUGACCAACUUUGACCUCCGCGACCUCCUCGACUGGGAGUACUACAUCACUCGCCUCGGUGCCUCUAUCCAGAAAAUUGUCACUAUUCCAGCUGCCCUGCAGGGUAUCGAUAACCCGGUCCCGCGCGUGCCGCACCCGUCGUGGCUCGCCAAGCGCAUCGCCGACGCCCGCGACCCGCUCAAGCAGGCCUCGGUCAAGAACAUGUUUGCCACCGCCAUCGCCGCCGGUGCCACCAUCGCCGCGCCCGAGGAUCCGCUCAAGUCAACCGCUGCUGGCCUCGUCGACAUGGAGGCCAUUGUCGACGACCCGGAGACCUCGGCCGCACUCGCCGGCCGGCCGCGGGUCACCACGCUCUCGCGCAAGCGCACCGCCGCCGCUGCCGCCCUCGACGGUCGCCAGCCGGGAGCGCGCGGCGCCCUCCCCUCGGUCCUCGCCCAGCCGUCGCAGUUUGAUGAGUGGUACGCCGGUCAGCGCGCAAAGUGGGCGGCCAUGCGCAAGGCACGCGAGGCCCGCAAGCGCGCCCGCCGCAUGUCGUCGCAGCGCUCAUCAGCGCUACCCAUGCGCCUCCAGCUGACGCAGGACACGGUCUCGGAUGCCGGGUCGGCCGCCAACAUGCGCGCUGCGCCGCGCCCGCAGGCCCGCGGCCCGUCGCACUGGGAGGUCCUCUGCAUCGACGACGCAUCGCACUCACACGGCCCAGGCGUCUUUCGGGUCUGGGCCCUUGUCCGCGGUGCCGUCCGCUCGCUCCACAUCCGCGUCGCCCGCACCUUUUUCGUCAACUCGCGCGUGGCCGACGCCAACCCCUCAGGCGUGCUCGUCACCAAGGCUCUGCCACGCUCCAAGAAGCCCAUGCACCUGUACCAGUUCUCUAUGGCCGAGACCAUCUACCGGUCACACGCAAAGGAGCUCGCCUCGUUCUUUGCCCACCCAGACGUCGAGGGCGUGUACGAGAACCAGACUCCGCUCUACUUUCGGGCUGUCUCUUCGCUCGGUUGCGUUUUUGAGAUCGCCCGCUCCGCCCGCUUCCACGCUGUCUCGGAGCACGUAUACGACCUCGCUGACCUGCGCCCGCUCGCCCCAUCGGCCGCCCCGUACCUGCCGGGCGCCGAGGGCACAAGCUCGCUCGGCUCGGCGGCCCACCUCAUGAUCUACCACUCGGCGACUGCGCUCGAGCGGAACGCUACACGCGCCCGCGCCGUCUUUGUCGUUUUUCCGGCCUUUGGCUCCAAGCUCGACCUGGUCCUCGUCGAUCCGUCGGCGGCCGAUCCAGUCCGCCGGCUCACUGGCAGCGACAUCUCGCGCUCGGGCGUCAAGGUCCGCGCCGUCCUCGCAAGCGUCCUCAAGGCGCGCCUGCUGGCAGGCACGGAGCCGCCGCCGCCGGCCGUCGCUGCCGCUGGCGGCUGGCAGUCAAUGGCCGAGGUCGAGGCUGCCGCCGACGCUGCCGCUGCACGCUACACAGUUGCUGUCACACUGGUCAAGCGGCUCGCGCGCGGCUACCGCGAGGUCAACGAGCUCGUCGGCUACUACGAUGGCAACGCCGUGGUCUCGAUCUGCUCGCCGGCAGACAAGGCCACCCUCCAGCGCGAGAUCCCGACCCUCGCCGCCGUGCCUGUCCUCACCGUCCCGGCCAACGUCGCCGACUCGCAGUACGAGCCGCUUGGGUGGCAGGCCGCGGCAGUGGAGCGCGGCCUCGCCCGGUACUUUGUCAUGCACGAGUGGUGGGGCAACCAGCUGCCGCUUGCCCGGUACGCGCGAGUGCCGAUUGGUAGCCUCGAAGAGGACUACGCGCUCGGCAUCACCGACAUUGCCGUCGCACGGCUCCUCGCCGAAAACAACUUUGUGGCGUGGACCUCGCUCUCGGCGCUUCCAGAUCUCGGCGGGUCCGAGGCCGACGACUUUGCCGCUGUCGCCGCGCCAGUGGUCAACCCGGAGUUUGUCUCGGCCGGCGCGUACCACACGGUGUGUGUGGAGCUGGAGCUCUCUUCGCUCGCCAUCAACACCAUCCUCCAGUCGACGUACCUCUCUGCUCUCGAGGGCUCGCUGGAGGCGAGCGUGGGCGGCGGGCCGGUGCUGGCCAAGUCUGGCGCGACGGCGUCAGGCCCGGCGACGUCGAUGGAAGCGCUCAUCGAGGGCGGGCUGGCCGGGCCGGCGGUGCUCAACGAGGCGGCCGGCGGUGGGUCAGACGAACUCGCCGCCGCACCGGCGCUGCAAAUCAUCAAGGCUCUUGUCCACCAGUGGUCGGUGGACGUGGGCCACGGGCGGAACACCAGCGCGGACGCGCUCCAGAUGCACUUUUACCGCUGGCUGCAGGACCCCAAGUCGAAGCUCUACGAUCCGCAACUGCACUCGCUGGUCCACAUGAUGAUGAAGAAGGUCUUCCUCCAGCUUCUGGCCAAGCUCCGCUCGCUCGGCGCGCACAUUGUGUACGGCUCGUUUGAGAAAAUCAUUCUCGCCACGUCAAAGACCCAGCUGGAGAACGCCGAGGCGUACAUUGCGUACGUGCUCAAGGCUGUGGGCGAGACGCCGCUCUUCCACUUUCUGGGCGUCCACAUCUCGGCGUACUGGGCCGAGCUCAUGUUUGUCGACCCGGCCAACUACGGCGGCAUCCGGGUCAAGCCGCACGUGGUCGAUGAGCUGGCGGCCGAGUUUGACAAGGCCGAGGCGGCGCGCUCGCCCGAGGAGGCGCGGGCCAUCACCCGCGCUGCGCUCCGCGCCACCUCACAAGCCCAGCAGGUCAUCUCCAACUGGGACAUGUCGCUUUAUCUGCCCAAGCCGCUUGAGGAGCAGUUUGUCUUUGUCGUCUCCGAGUACAUCUACAAGAUGUACGAGUUCAAGGCGACUAAGCGGCUCGAGGCCGUGGGCGGGCCCGAGGCUGGCGCGCCGGCGGCAGGCGCGUUCUACGGCGCCGAGACGCUGCAGGACUACGCGCGGGCGCUCAUCGGCGACCACUACGCGCAGCAGCUUUUCACCGCUGUCACCGAGUCGCGGCAGUACCACAAGGCCGACUUUCCGCGCCUGGCAGGCUCGCACCUUCCGCUCGACUCGCCAGGCCUCGAGUUUGUCAAGUACGUCACGCAGGUCUUCUACCUCGACAAGGCGCUCGAGAGCCAGGUCGACAAACUCAAGCGAUCGCUCCUCCGCAUCCUCGGCGUGCCCGAGUUUGCGUCGUCAGCCGAGUUCCGCAACCCAUGCCUGACGUACAUCUUGCAGAACGUCAUCUGCUCGUACUGCAACGCGUCGCGGUCGGUCGACCUCGCCCGCGAUCCGCGGGUGACCAAGGGCGACUGGGGCUGCGCCAUCUGCGGCCACGCCGCCGACAAGGCCGCCAUCGAGGCACGGCUCAUCGACGAGCUCCACGCCAAGAUCACCGCCUUUCAGCUGCAGGACCUGGUCUGCAACAAGUGCCGCCAGGUCAAGCUCUCCAACCUCCGCCGGUACUGCGAGUGCUCGGGCGAGUUCAAGCUCGCCGUCUCGCGCGACGACAUCGCCGUCGCCAUGCAGGCCUUUGGCAACAUCGCCAACUACCACGAGAUGGCGGCGCUUGCAGGCGAGGUCGAGGUCCUUGCAGACUGUGUUUAA